AUGCAGUUAUCGGAAUAUGCUAUCGUUGCAGCAUUUCUCGUCCUACCAAACGUGGCAGCGUAUUGCACUAAACUGUUGAAGGCGGAAAACGCGGAUCUGUACAAUGCAUACCUGAAGUUGGUGAGCUAUACCUCCACGUUGGACAUCCUUGUCAUUAUGCUGUAUCGACAAGGGGAUAUUGCUGCGGAAGUGUUGCAACGCUUUCCAUUUCUGCUUUCCUUUCGAAUUUUACUUCAACCUUUAAUGAAAUCAAAAGUGAAAAUCGUAGAGCCGAAGCGGGCCGCCAAGCUUCAUGAAGCAAUGCGUCCAGUUGCUUUUCUGAUCGGCACACAUAUAGUAUCCAUUGCUUUUCUGAAAUUUCACAUGUUACCCUUAUGGACACCUGUCCGAUGA